AAUGACAGUUACCAAGAUUAUUUAUUGAUUAAACUGUAUUUCUACAACCACCCCCCCCAACUUUUCUUUUUAAAAAAUCAGUGAUAUUCUAUUCCCUUUACAUCAAAAUAUGUGGAUCCAAAGUUGGCAUGAGAACGCUUAUCACUGCAACAAUCAGCCGUCUGUUGAACGCUUGUAUUAUACACAACCCUAUGAAUACAACAGCUCAAUUUAUCCAAAUGCAAUACAACAAAAUGAUCUUGAAAUGAAUACAAUUUAUCCCCAGACUAUUAAUAGUGAUAAUAAGAAUAACAGUCCUAUAGAUACUAAAGUUCCAGUACCAUUUUUACAUAUUCCUGACACAUCUGACACUAUUAGUAAUAUCAACAGUGAUACAAAUUCAAUGAAUCCAUCAAAUUUUAUAUUAUCAUCCACUAUCUUACCAAAUCAUUGUACUACCUCAAAUUCAUCAACUAAAUCUAUCAUUUCAAAUAAAACCAUGUCAGCUGCACACUUUCAUGAUAUCCCUACUGGUAAUAAUGGUAAUAACAGUAAUCAGAAUGAGGUAGUAAAAAGUGAAGGAAGCACUCAUGAUUCGUUUUUGAAUAGUCGUCAAUCUACGCAAUGGGAUAUACUAAUGAAUAAUGGUAUAACUACUUCUACUACUGCUAUUCCUAUUCCUACUGCUGCCGCCAGGACAUUGACAAUGACCACUACUACAGCGACCACCACCGCUGACGAUGUCACUACUAGUAGUUAUAAUGAUAAUGAUAAUAGUAGUAACGAAUAUAAAUGUAAUAUGGAUAAUAAACAUUUCUAUCAACGCUACAUUGAUGAUGAUAAUAAUAAAUCGAUUAAUAUGAAUAAUCAUUACUUUAAUCAAUGCGAUGUAUUUACAGAGAAAAACAAUUCAAGAGCUUCAAGUGAAACAGUAAUCAGUAAUAAUAUGGUCACUAUAACAUACUCAGAAUUGUUACCAACCAUAGAAUCAAAUACUGAAGCUUAUCAUAACUUCAAUCCAUUUUUAACUCCAUCAACUGAUGAAACAUCAUCUACGUCAAACAUGAACUCACCAUCCAUACUAGUCAAUCCACUGGAAUUGAGGUAUUUCAAAACUGGUCAAUUAUUAUCUGAUCAUAAUGAUAAUAAAAAUUUGAAUUUAAAACAUCAUUAUGGCUACUUACGAAGAAGUCAGUUAAAAGAAAUAAAUCAGCCUUCUAUCUUGACAAAUGACUACAACAAUAUGAAUUCAUUACAACUUGUUAAACGUGUUCUAGCUGAUUAUAAACGACGUGCUAUACUCGCCGAUUAUAAACGUUCCGCCUAUAUGAAUAAAUAA